CUGGACCAUAUCUUCCCGUCGGCCAACAUCGGCGUGUGCACGCUCCGCGGCAAGUUCCACGGCCGGGGCGUCCGCAACUUCAUCAACACCCUUUCGGAGAGCCUGUCAGGUUUUCACGCCGACCUGUGGGACUGGGAUGUCGACCACGGUGGCGAGCGGAGGGCGGAGGCCAUCGCGGAGGCCAUAGCCAACGCCACGCAGUAA